ACUCAUUUUGAGCACAUGACUUGUGGUACUGCAGCGCAUCACAACCAACAAAAACGUUCGUAGUUUUGUUUGGGUUCUUUCCCCCCCCACAAGCUAGUGAUUUCGGUUGGUAUAGUUAUUUUGAGAAUGAAACCACAGUAUUUAGUCGUUGCUCUGUGCUUCGGUGUCGGUGUGAUGGCCGGGAAAUACUCUCGUGAAACUAACGAGCCCAAGCCGAGCGGCGGUGGUGCGCAGAUGAUGGAGUUCAGGAUCGCUAAAUUGAACCAGGUGUGGGAGAAAGCGAAACGGAUGCAGUUGUCGCCGGUGCGGCACGCCGAGCUGCACAGCGACCUGAAGAUUCAGGAGAAGGAUGAGCUGCAGUGGAAGAAGGUGAAAGUGGAAGGGCUGGAUGACAAUGGGGAGAAGGAAGCUCAGCUCCGACGUAACUUCAACGUGAUCCUGGCCAAAUAUGGAAUGGAUGGGAAAAACACUCGACCGUUGGAGAGCAACCACCUGAAGGACCACGACACCAAAGAGGGAGACGUAUUUGAAGACCCAAGACUGGAUAAACUGUGGAACAAGGCCAAGAGCUCUGGGAAGUUCUCCAAUGAGGAGUUACUGAGUCUAAAGAGGGAGUUCCAGCAUCACAAGGACAAGACCCAUGAGUACAACAUCCUCAUGGACACCGUCAGCAGGACCGAAGAAAUACACAAAAAUGUAAUAUCUCCCCUGGAGGGUGACACAAAAGAGCAUGUGCUACACCAGAAGCACACGGACCUGAAGCAGAAAAUGAGAGACCUCAGCCAGGGCUUUGAGCGCCUCCGUAAACUGAGCCACGAGGGCUUCACCGAGGACAGCGAGUUCCGGGAGCCGCGCGUGAUUGAACUGUGGGAAGCCGCCAAGAGAGCGAACCUCAGCGACGACGAGUUGGACUCUCUCAAGGAGGAGCUGCGUCACUUUGAGACCAAGGUGGAGAAGCACAGCCAUUACCAGGAGCAGCUGGAGCUUUCUCACCAGAAGUUGCGUCACGUGGAGUCUUUAGGAGACAAAGAGCACAUCAAGAGGAACCAGGAGAAGUACGACACACUAGCUGAGAAAACCAGGGAGAUGGGUUACAAGAUGAAGAAGCAUAUGCUGGACUUAUCGAACAAGAUCUCACGUGAGGGACUCAAGCAUAAUGAGCUUUGAUGAUCGGAACAAUUCCAUCUGCAAAGCCUGCCACUAAAAAGAAAUCACUUUUCUAAUGUUUUUUUCUUAGGAAUGGGGGGGUUGUUUGUACAUAGUAAUCUGGUUCUACGUGUACUUGCGCAAGUAAUGAAUAACAAGAAUAUGGUCAUAAUGCCAAAACAAACAUUUUGAGAGCUGAAGUCAUUCUUAAUCAGAUGAAUGGAGUGCACUACUACACCCAACAACUCUAUCAUCAGUUACAACUCUAGAUAUAUACAAUAGUAACUCAGUUUUUUUUAAAUAUUCUGUUGUGUCUGAUCAAUGUAAAAUGAGUUGCAGAUACAGCAAGGAUAACGGCAAACUUUAAUGUGAAAGAGGCAGGUGCAAACAACAAUAGUUUAACAUCACUCAUUUUCUCAGCAACUAUUUACAAAUCAUGUUGAUGAAAGCAGUCCCUGUAAUGCAGCUUUUCUACUCCUCCAUCACAUAAGAGUAGUGCCAAAACGGAGGUGAGAUUUUUAGAACUCUUUUUCUAAUCAGAUGCAGACACAUUAUUCACUCAUGAUGAAUAAUCCUCCUAAAGUAUGACUAAGACGCUCUGCUGUGGAAUGACAAGUGCCCCAGCUUGUGAAGUACAGCUGUGCUAUUUCUUCAAAGUUAAGGUUGUUUCUAACAAUCAGAGUGAUUCUUAAAAAGUGCUACGAUGCAAACUUGUGUAUUUUAGUACAAAAACUUAUGAUCAACUGUAAUGAAGCACAUAAGCUUAUUCGUGGAGAUGAAAACUAUUUUGAAGUUUAAUAUUGCCAUGGCUCUCCAGCUGAGUCCGCCUGUCCUCCCUGCCCUGGACAUGCUCCGCCCCCACUCUCUGAGCCGUUUCCAUGGCAGCGAUGUCGAGGUGGGAGUAUUUGAUGGAGCUCUGUUCUGGUUGGGAAAUCAGUGGUAAAGUGGGGAGAAGAAGAGAAUAUUUGGUCUGCUGGAAUACAACUCUAAUAUUAGUCAUGCUUAGGAUUUGUUUAAACUGUAGUUUUUUUUGUUUUUUUUAUGAAUAAAUUGUUGAUCCUGUCUUUCCUCAUUGCAAAUCAAAUAUAUACGAAGAUGCAUAGCAUGGCAGAACACGCUUAACCUAAGAAGCUGUGUUUAAUGGUAGUGGUGAAUAAGACAGGUGGAGCCCAGUGGGCUCUGCAUCAUCUUACCUCUGACCCUACUGGAGACGGGAGCGCUGGUGGGGGUGGUAACAUAAUUAACCAGCCAAAUGUCCAGGGCUACAGACGGAGGAGCUUCAUGGGCACGCUGGUCAAUUCCUGAAGUAAAAAAGAUGAAAUCGGUUAGCUGGUUGCUUAUUUCAUUCCACACCAGCGACUGUCAUGAAAUAAAUUAUUCUUGAUGGGACUGGUAAUGAACUCAAAUUUAAAAAGAAAUACCAUACAAAAGUAUUUAAUUAAAAUCAAGUGUCCAGUCUUAAAUCAUUAUGGUAUUUCAUUAAAAAGUGCCUUAUGGUGGGUAAGAAGUUAUAGUGUGUUGAAUAAAUUGUAAAAAGUC